AUGGCUCCCUCAGCCAUCUACGACUACAAUGACAGAGACGGCCAAGCCCUCGAGGCCAUCUCAGACGCCGUCGACGAGGUCAACUACAUCAAGGGCAAGAAGGCCGCCCUCUACGACGACAAGUCAAACUUCGACUCGGAGAAGGACAAGACCCAGUUCCGCCAGUACGACCAGGCCUGCGACCGGGUCAAGUCGUUCUACCGCGAGCAGCACGAGAAGCAGACGGUCGCCUACAACCUCGCCGCGCGCAACCGCUUCCGCUCGGCCGCCCGCGCGCGCGACGAGAUGACGGUCUGGGAGGCCAUGGAGAAGCUCAACACACUCAUCGACGAGAGCGACCCGGACACGUCGCUCAGCCAGAUCCAGCACCUGCUGCAGAGCGCCGAGGCCAUCCGCCGCGACGGCAAGCCGCGCUGGAUGCAGCUCACGGGCCUGAUCCACGACCUCGGCAAGCUGCUCUUCUUCUACGACGCCCGCGGCCAGUGGGACGUCGUCGGCGACACCUUCCCCGUCGGCUGCGCCUUCGACGCGCGCAUCAUCUACCCGGAGAGCUUCGCGGGCAACCCGGACGCGCGGGACCCGGUCUACAGCACCGAGAACGGCAUCUACGAGCCCGGCUGCGGCCUCGACAACGUCAUGCUCUCGUGGGGCCACGACGAGUACCUGUACCACGUCGUCAAGGACCAGUCGACGCUGCCCCCCGAGGCGCUGGCCAUGAUCCGCUAUCACAGCUUCUACUCCUGGCACAAGGAGGGCGCGUACCGGCAGUUCAUGACGGACAAGGACCACGAGAUGCUCAAGGCGGUCCAGGCUUUCAACCCCUACGACCUGUACAGCAAGAGCGAUGGCGUGCCGAGCGCCGAAGAGCUGAAGCCAUAUUACAUGGACCUGAUUGAUGAGUUCUUCCCUCAGAAGAUCAUCAAAUGGUGA